UGCCUUCCUCGUAUCCAAAAGCCGCUUCGUUUCCUUAGCCCGCGAGCGGCGACGAACUUGCCACCGAUUCGAUCCAUCUUUUCUUUUUAGGUUUUCGGGGGUUCGGAUUUGGUGCAGGGGCGCGGGAGAAAUGGCGACCAAGAGGAGCGUGAGCACGCUGGCGGAGUCGGAUCUGAAGGGGAAGAAGGUGUUCGUCCGCGCCGACCUCAACGUGCCGCUGGAUGACGGCCAGAAGAUCACCGACGACACCCGCAUCCGCGCGUCGGUGCCCACCAUCAAGUACUUGAUGGAGAAGGGCGCCAAGGUCAUCCUGGCGAGCCAUCUGGGCCGCCCAAAAGGUGUAACCCCCAAGUAUAGCUUGAAGCCUCUUGUUCCACGCUUGUCUGAGCUUCUUGGUGUUAAUGUUGUGAUGGCCAAUGACUGCAUUGGCGAGGAAGUCCAGAAAUUGGCUGCCACUCUACCGGAUGGUGGUGUUCUGCUUCUAGAAAAUGUUCGAUUCUACAAGGAGGAAGAGAAAAAUGACCCUGAAUUUGCCAAGAAGCUGGCAUCUGUUGCUGACCUUUACGUAAAUGAUGCCUUUGGCACAGCACACAGAGCUCAUGCUUCAACAGAGGGAGUUACGAAGUAUUUGAGACCUUCUGUUGCUGGUUUUCUCAUGCAAAAGGAACUUGAUUAUCUUGUUGGAGCUGUCGCCAACCCCAAAAAACCAUUUGCUGCCAUUGUUGGCGGAUCCAAGGUGUCAACAAAGAUUGGAGUGAUUGAAAGUCUGUUGGGAAAGGUUGACAUCCUCAUACUGGGUGGUGGUAUGAUUUUUACAUUUUACAAGGCUCAGGGAUAUGCUGUUGGAAAAUCUCUUGUGGAGGAAGACAAGCUUGAACUUGCCACCUCACUUAUUGAAAAAGCUAAUUCAAAGGGAGUCUCCCUGUUGCUUCCAACUGAUGUUGUAGUAGCUGACAAGUUCACUGCAGAUGCAGAGAGCAAGACUGUUCUGGCAUCUGCUAUCCCUGAUGGUUGGAUGGGCCUUGAUAUCGGCCCAGAUUCCAUCAAGACUUUCAGUGAAACUUUGGACACCACUAAGACUGUCAUCUGGAAUGGGCCAAUGGGAGUUUUCGAGUUUGAAAAAUUCGCAGCUGGUACCGAUGCCAUUGCCAAGAAGUUGGCUGAUAUCACCGCAAAAGGUGUUACAACCAUCAUUGGAGGUGGUGACUCAGUUGCUGCUGUCGAGAAGGCUGGGUUGGCAGACAAGAUGAGCCACAUUUCGACUGGAGGUGGUGCGAGCUUGGAGUUGCUGGAAGGCAAGACCCUCCCAGGAGUCCUUGCUCUUGAUGACGCAUAAGGCUGGUCGCAGGCUCACCUAGUCUUUUGCCGUCUUGCUGUUAAGACCUUUGGUGUAAGACUGUAAGUCUGUAAGAAACUAAGAAUGCAAGUCAGUCGUAUGCUACCUUGAACUUGGAAUAGGCUUCCCUUCAGGUUUUGCUAGAUGAGCAGUGAAUAAGCUUUUGGCGUCCUCGGCGUGAGAGAAGUGCCUGGCACAUACAAACUUUCAUGGGUGUACUAUAUUUUGCCAUGUGCUAUAUAUAGUUGCUUCAGUUUACACUAGGUA